GUCUUGCUUUGAAGGAACUUUUAUCCAUCAGAUCAUCUGAUUCUGUAAGAAUAACAAAGAUGGAGCAUUCUUGUCUUCUUCUAACAGGCUGCUCCUCUCAGAAGACAUAAAUUGUGCCAAAUCUCCUAAGCAUCCAAAUGUCAGAGUGCUCCAGGGCUCAACCCCUAGACUCUCCUGUCUGCCUCUGAUAAUAUGCUGCAGGGAUUACUCAGCACUGCCUUGGAGAUGUUUCCAUGCCUAUAUAUAUAUACACUCGUCUUUUUUUUUUUUUAACUUCUACAUAGCGUUCUGUGUAAUAUAUGUACCCCUGUUUAGCCAUUGCUCUGUUUUUAAAAGUAGCAAAUAUUUGUGGAGUAAUUAACUUUUGCAGAGCAGUGUUUUUAAAGGUUUUUAAGUUUUAAUUUUGUGAUAUUGGAUAUCAUGAUGUUAGAGUGUCCCAAGUAGCCACAAAGAAAGAUUAAUACUAAGUCAGUAAAUCACAGUCCUGAUUUUUACAUUUCGAAGAAUAAAAUCAGUUCCUCAGAAACUCAGAAAACAAAAUUCAUUUUAAUGUCAUUAUAGUGUUUUUUAAUUCAGCAUUCAUCAGUUCUGGAACUUUUUAGACAGUUAAAGGAUUAGAAUACCAACAGUUGUGUUCUUUGUACUCUGAGGUACUCAACUGAAAUGCACCUCUGUCAGAAGUUCCGUUGCAUUUAAUAAACCUGCCAUUCAGCACUGGUAUUUACUACUAUCCUCUGCCCACCUAGAGUAUAAACCCCUCAGAGGAAGGAAACUAGGGCUUUUUAAAAAAAAAUAAAGAUUAUUUGACAAAUACAAUCUUUUGUGCUUCCCAUUUUCAGUAUAUUUUUAGUUUCCAAUUCUAUCAGUUUAGCUUGAUACCUGCUCAAGGAUAUAUAUAAACUGUUGUCAGCCUAUGUUUAUUCUAUUUCAUAUAGCUUUUUACUUAAAAUUCUGGUCAUAAAAUUUAGGUUCAAACAUUCUGGAAUUUCAGGUCCUUACUUUGAGGGUUUUGCCUAUCCGUUAGUGCUUGUGUAAUGCCUUUGAAGUGCUAGAUGCUGGGGGUAACCACUUCUUCAUUUUAGGAUUUCAGUUCUUCAAAAUCUAUACUUUCAGAUUAUCUAACUGGUCAUUCAUUGUAAUAUAUUUGUAUAAAAUAAUUGCUAGAAAAACAAGAAAAAACCCUUUAUUUUAUACUUACUGCUUGAUGUCCAGUAGGUGGCAUCAGACACCCUUUGGAGUUCUUCAUGAUACUAGUUCCUAGUUGGUAUUACUGGUUUACUGAUCAUUUCUUCCAGUGCUGCCAGGGAACAGAAAGAGGUCUAUUCCUUAGUCUUAAUUCUCUGAUUUUAUAUAUUAUUUAAUUUAUUUUUGUUUGGAAUUUAAGCUAAACCUGUUGGUGUUUAAAUGGUUCCUUUGCUAUAUCUGACUCAGAUUUCAACCAUUUUUCCUUUUUUAAUUUUAUAAGUGUGAUUUUCAAUCAGGCUAAUUCCAGGGGAAGGAUCAUGAUUUUGAAAUAAGACUGGCUUUUUAAAAAAAAGAGUUGAGGGUAAGAGAAAGAAUAAAGAGAUGCUAAAUGUUCAUAAUAAAAUCAGAGAGAAAAUAUAGAAGUAUACAGAAUCCAAAAUUAAGAAUGAAAUCAGUGCUUUUACUGUCAGUAAAAACUGUAUUCAUUACUGUUUUCAGGUUUGUUUUACAAAUACCCUGCAGUUAAAAAUUAUAUCUUUAUAAUUUUUAUAAACUUAUAUCCCCAGUUCUAGCUUUUUGUGCUUUUUUGAAAACUUUUAUCUUCAGUGUAUUAAUUUCUGUAAAGAAUCAGCUUUUAGAUCCAAUUAACCAUUAAAACCAGAAAAUAUGUGUUUUGUAUGUAAGGACUGGGUUACUCUAUUUAUUCUUAUUCUUUUGAGUUUAAUGGAUUUGUCAACCAUUAGAAAAGACAUAUUUAAAACUUACCAUCAUAAUUACAUGUUUUUCUUUAUUUUCCCUGUGUUUGAGUGUCAGUGUUUGUGACUCAUGGAGAUCCGGUUCUUAAUUCCUAUUUUUUGGAAAAACUACCACCCAUAGUAUGGGCUUUGGGUGAAACAGAUCUAGGUUCAGUUUCCAUUUCUGGCUGAAAGGAUGUCUAAGAAAGUCAUUUAGCUUCUCUGGGCAUCAGUUUCCUUAUAUACAAAAUGUAGAUAAUUAACCUAUCUAGUGGGGUUCUACUGAGGAUUAGCAAUAAUGUAGGUAAAUUACCUGACAAGCUAUUGUUUUCACAUAUUCGCAACAAUAAACUGUUUAAAAGUUUUGUUAAAUAUGUUCAUGCUUUACUCAUUUCUAUAUUCAAGAGUCUCAAUUUACCAAGAGUUUUAUUUCAUCUUUUUUAAUGGAGCUGUCAGUGUAUUAUAACUUGGGUCUCGAGAUAGCUUAAGGAACAGUUCUUAAAAAUCUUAGUUCUGUUCUACGUACAUUUAUAUUGGUACCACACACACACAAACAUCAUUUAUAGCCGUCUUGAAUAGGAAGUAUUCUUUUUGAAUGUUUUCCUCUAGAACUAGAAGGAAAGAAUAUGAAAGAGAUGUCAAACAAAUCUCAGAAUUCAACGUCAAUCUGCAGGUACAGGAAGUUUCUGAGCUUUUAAAAUCCACUCGCAUGAGGGAGUAAUUAGCCAGCACUUAGGGCGGGGUAUACAGCCUCGCGAUUCCAGUGCUUUCUGGGGAAAGGAAAAAAACGCUGGGUGGCGAGCACUGAACACAGUCUCCCCCGCCGAGCGCUACAGCCACGUGGCGCUCGCCGGAGCCCCAGGCCCACCGCCCUCUCGGGCUGUCGGCGGGGCCUUUGGCCCCGGAAAGCCUGGAACCUCCGGGCCGCAGCCAGCAGGCCCAGAAAUCUGGCCCCGAACCCGAGCAGGGCAGAGCGCCCAGGUGACGCGCGGUGCCAGCUUCCACUCUAGGGGCGUCCAGCAGAUCCCCGCAACUUUUCCCCGGAAACAGGUUCCGGCAACAGGUCCGAGGAGGGGUCGGUGAAUCAUCGCUGCUCGGUGCCUGGGUCAGCCGUGCAAUCCAAUGCCAGAUUCGGGUAGGAAUAGCCCGGCGUCUAACCACUAGCCAUUCAGGGAUCGCUAGCCAGGGGAACGAUGACGUCAUCGUAGCUGGGCGGUGUCGGAAGGUCCCACCAAUAGGAGACAGGCAAAGUGGCUUGCUUUCUGUAUCUCUUGGCCAAUACUAACAAAGCAAAAGGGGGCCCGGUUGUUGGUAUAGAACCAAUGGAAAACAGAGAAGGAGCACGAGGCGGAGUUGAGAAUCCUGUCACCAAUUGGAAAGGGGGGGUGGAGCCCGGGCCUUGUCAAGCGUGACCAACCAGGGAGAGGAGCGGACUCUGAGGGGCGGGGCCGUAGUGCCUUCCCCCAAUCGGACAGGUCCGGGGGCGGGGAAUUCUUUGGGGCUCCCAAUGAGGGACGCAGCCGAAGUGGGCCUGUCAAGAGAAGGGCCUGGGGGCGGGGGACGGUGAGUCGGGGAUAAACACUCCGCGGCGGUGGCGGCUGCUGCUCUUCUGUAGGUUCUGUCACGGUGUCGGUGGUGCCCAGCUCGCCGGUCCCCUCCCGCUUCCGGCGAGCGUGGUCGCCAGAGAGUCUCUCUCAGCCCUGCUCUGCGGGGUCCACAGCGGGGCGCGGGUGUCCGGCGGCGGCGGCGAGCCCGUGUCCAGUGGGGGUUGGUCCCGUGGCUCCGGCCCCCGGUGCAGAAUGGCGGCGGCGGUUCGGAUGAACAUCCAGAUGCUGCUGGAGGCGGCCGACUACCUGGAGCGACGGGAGAGAGGUGCACGGGGACGGGAGGGGUCCGGCCCGAGCUAGUGCCGGGAGCUCUGAGGGGCCUGGCAGCGGAUCCGGGCGCCCAGCCUCUCCGGGGGUGGUUGGAGGAGCUGAGAGCGCGACCCGCGAGCGCUCCCAACCCCUCCAGCUUUCCCCACGCGCGGUUCGAAGGGAGGCCGUCGCUGCCCCCAAAGUCAAUGAAUGGGAGUAGAAAGGGACUGCUGCCCCCGGGAUCCUGAGCGCUUCCCCCUCCGCACCCCGUCGCUAGUGGGGUGCCCGGGGCCCCCUCAGCCAAGCGCUUGGUUUACCUCACCCGGCUCUUCCCGGCCCGCCCCAAAGUGGGCCUGGCGCCGGGUCUCCCAGUCGGCGGAGCAGCUCCUCCCUUGCCCCGCAUCCUCCGUCCUCGGCUCUGGCUCCCGGUGUCUGGCCCCGCACCUUCGUCUGAGGCCGGUCCCACUUAAUAUACACCAACCUGCUGGACGUUGCCAAUGGGAAACCCAGGCUCCAUGAGACUUGCUGUGUCUUUCUCAACAAUGAGCAGCUGGAAUGCUCCUUACACCUGCUCCGAACUGAGGAAGCUGAACAUGGUUAUGCCUCCAUGUUACCAUACAAUAACAAGGACAGAGAUGCCUUAAAACGGAGGAGCAAAUCCAAGAAGAAUAACAGCAGUAGCAGAUCGACUCACAAUGAAAUGGAGAAGAAUAGACGGGCCCACCUUCGCUUGUGCCUGGAAAAGUUGAAGGGGCUGGUGCCACUUGGUCCAGAAUCAAAUCGACACACUACGUUGAGUUUAUUAACAAAAGCCAAAUUGCACAUAAAGAAACUUGAAGACUGUGACAGAAAAGCCAUUCACCAAAUCGACCAGCUGCAGCGAGAGCAGCGGCACCUGAAGAGGCAGCUGGAGAAGCUGGGCAUCGAGAGGAUGCGGACGGACAGCACCGGCUCCACUGUCUCCUCCGAGCGCUCUGACUCCGACAGGGAAGAGAUCGACGUGGACGUCGAGAGCACAGACUAUCUCACGGGCGACCUGGACUGGAGCUGCAGCAGCGUGAGCGACUCGGACGAGCGGGGAAGCAUGCAAAGCCUGGGCAGCGAUGAGGGCUACUCCAGCUCCAGCGUCAAGAGAAUAAAGCUCCAGGACAGUCACAAGACGACGUGUCUUGGUCUCUAGGAGAGCGUGGUCACUUCGGCUGCCGUCCGGAUGGUCCUCCCUGUCGGCUCCGAUUUAGGUAGCGUAUGGGACCUGCCCACAAUCCCCUCGCACGUCAGCUUCCGUGUACCACGUCACCAAGAGCAGCUGCGUUUAAAGUUGUCAAGGAAGUGCUUAGGAUUGUGGGUUUCUGUUUUUUCUUUUUCCUUUUUUUUUUUUCUUUUCUUUUUUUUUUUAAAUCCCCAAUUUCCAUCUCAAAAAGGGUUGAGCGGCCUGCACCCGCCCAGUGUCGGGCAGGCCGGCCCCGCUGAGCCAGUCAGUGCAGCCAGGACACCCAGGGGCAUCUCGACUUCAUGUUGCUGAGUCUGGGGUGGCUGAAUGCUGCUUAGCCCCGCACGAAGUUGGGGGACGCCGACCAGGAUCGUGGAUUUCUGAUUGCAUCCUCUAGCUUCUCUCUUUCUCUCCACAAGUCUCUCUGAGAGACUGUACAUUCCAAUCCGUUUGAAGCAUCCAAGAACUCUGAGGCCGAAUAAGCCCCUCGCACAUCUCGGCAGUUCCCCCUCUUAUUUACUGUCCCGUGUGUUCUUCUAGACCUUCUUUAACGUUUUCUGGCUUCCUGUGUGACAUGCCUAGCAGAAAUGUCCAAAUGUGUCUUGUGCUUAGGAAACUGAAGGAAACAAACUUUUCAAGUGGAGAUCCUGAUCUCAGAACUCCAAAGUAAGCUUUGAAAGUGGCAUUGAAGAGCACUUAGCCCUGGCCCUCACCACCCAUGACGAGUCAGGAUUACCUCCAGAAAACAGGCCCUUCUCACACAUACACACACAGACACACAUGUAUACACACACCCCGAGUGAACGCCCCAACCCACAUGCAGACAGGAGCAGUAUUUCUAACCUUCGGAUGGACACCUUGCUUAUAGAAGUUCCAGCGUCAUUUGUCCUCACAAACGCAAUGGUCUGUUUUUGUGUGCUGUCCCUGGGUCCGUGCUGUGCCUGCUCUCUGAAGGCACGUUUCCCCUCCCAGUUGGUUUUGCUACUUGUCUCUGGAACAUUUUUUUUCCUACCUCAGAGAUAAAUGAGAUCUCCAUUUCCCACUUAACACAAACUGAUUAUGCCUCUUCCCCCCCCCCCCCCGAAUAAGUGACAUUUGGUCCAAUCUUAAUCUAUUUUCCUAUGUCACUUUCAGCAAUAACUGAGCUUUGGCGCUAGCUGAGCUAGUGUUCAUCAUCAGUGAAAGGGGAAAAGUCCACAUUUCUACUCUCUGUUGCAGGUGAACAGGAGGGGACGGUACAGUGUUACUAGAAUCCUUCCUCACCGACUGUUUUUGGACGCACCCAGAAACUUCUUUAUGGAGGCUUUUGGGUUGAUAGUUUAAAAGGCUGAUUUUUCUUUCUGGUUAUGAUUUCUCCCUUAAGUGGUCUCCCACUUUGUAGCAUUUUUAUUUAAGCUAAAACAGAGCACAUGUAUAUGUACAUAAGACACAUUAAAUCUAUAAAUACUAUUUAUUCAUUUUAUAUAAACUAAUGUAAUGGAAAAUAAAUUCUUAUGACUUUGUGCUUUUAUAGAUGUUCUAGAAACUUUGUAUGUAGGUAUCUACAAAAUUGGCUCAUUUCCCCUUAAUAUUUUUGCAUUCAUAUUUUCGAGGUCUUGAUGUUUCCAACCUCUGGCAAACCUUUUUCAUUGAAUUUGAACCAUUUGUAAUAACUGUGACGCUGCAACAGAGUGUGCGUCACAAAGUGAUGAGAACAUUCCUAAAAUCUACAGCCGCGCUGCGACCUAAGGGCUCAGUGGCUGAAGCGGUAGUGGUGGCUGCCUGUGCCCCCGGCUGGCCUGCGGUCUCCCCCACCACAGCCUCGCACCUCCUCAGCGCCCCUCCUUGCCCACAACUAAAAGUUCAAAGGCACUCCACACGGAAGCUCAUUCUAGACGUGAAGAGCAGUCUGAAACAUUACCUUUGUGUUUAUUUUUGCUUUUUAAAUGAUUUCUUAAUGUAUUCAAAAAAUUUUAAUUGGAAGUAGUGGAUUCCUAAAUGAUUCCAAAGUCAUCUGUAAUUCUUCUAUUUUUGUUUUGUUCUGUUUUUCUCUUCAUUUCAGCUUUGGGUGGGGGAAGGGGCAGGUGAUACAAAAGAUUUUUCUUUCUUUUUUCUGUUUUUUAAUUGUUGGAAUCUUUUCCAAUUACCAGCUGAAGAUUUGCACUGAAAUACAACUUGUAUGCCUUUUGCAUUUUUAAAGCCUGCUUCCUGAAUUUAAGCAGAGUGAUAGUGUUCAAAGAGCCAGCUCAGCCUGUAACAUGUUUGAAAAAACUGCACUUUGAGGUCCCUUUUGAAUGCCAUUCACUAGACCUCGCAAGCAUUUUAAUUGCUACCUUCAAGCGCCUCACAAGUCCACGAUGCUGGAUGCUGUAUGGCAUCGAAAACUCAAGACUUUGGGAAAAGCUUGUGGGCUUGCGUUGAGGGAGGGAAGGGAACAAAACUCAUGUAUUUUGUUUGUUUAAUUUAGAAAUAAGGCAUCUGAGAGAUGCCGUUAUUUUCUGUGUUUUAAUUGUUGUGCCUUUUGAGUUAUACUGCAUUUUUGUCUUUCGGUUGAAAUAUGAAAUGUACUGUCCCGAUAUAAAAUAGUGAUUAUUUGACCUUU